UUUUAUUUUUUAUUUUUUUAAGGGUGCACAAUAAAUGUCCAGAAAAGAGUUUGUUGAUGUGACCUGGGCAAGGUCAGUGGCUACUGAAUGUUUACCCCUUACACCCAACUAUGUGGCCAGAGGAGGUUGGAGUGGGUGGGCCCUGCGAUGAUGUGCUCACAAAGUCCACACUGUCCAGACAGUCCUGUGCACACUUAGUCACACCCCUUCUUUCACCCCUCAGUUGCCUACCUCUCCCCCUGCUGCGCUCCCCUGUACUCUCCUGCUCCUCUCUCAGGGUCAGCUACUCUUUUGAAGUUCGAGGAGUUUUGGAGACACUUUUCCCUCUGUCUGACGUCUCAUCCCUCACAGCCAUCAUGGUUCAGAGCAGCUGUAUCUGUAGAGUAAUCCUCCUGGUGCUCCUUGGUCUCUUGGUAGCCUUUGUACAAACAGAGACAGUCGCUGACUCGACAACCAGAGACAACCAGGACACCAUGUCUGGAGAACCACCCAGUGACGUCACCACCAAAGACACGUUCCAGGACACGACGGAGCAGUCCUUCACUUUUGACUCUGAGGACACCACACACUCUCUGGACAAGACGGAGGGAGUGCUGGGGCCAGGGGCCAUCACAGCCAUCGUCAUAGCGGUCUUUCUAGGAGCGUCUGUCCUCCUCGCACUCAUCGUCAUCACACUGAGGAAGUUCAGCGCCUCCUAGAGUGAAUACAUCCCAUCUUGUAUGCAUGUGUGUGUGCGUGUUUUUGUGUGUGUUUGCAUGUCAGCGUUUCUCUUUUGCCUCUCAUCUCAAUCUCUUAACCCUUUCUUACAAAAUAUGCGUUGUGUCUUUUGCUUCACCGUAGAUGUUAAAAAUUGUGGCGGGUCCCUUGACUGACUAUUUCCAGAUUUCCUCCUGGAAGCACACUCUAAUUGUUGCUCGACACGUCCACUUGUUACUGAAGGUAUAAAGUUAGAAACUGGCUGGCUCUUCCAGUGGAAACCGUGGCAUGUCCAUGUCAUUCACUUUGAGGGCUAUUUGUUUCCUGACGUGAAGUAUUCUGCAUGUGUUUGCUUUUAUAUUUGAAGAUGAAGAGUGUGUGCUUUUGUCUUACUUUUCUCAUUUAAUAAGAUACAGAUGAGGUUUUUAUUAGUCUCUCACAAUAAUUUUAACUCAUGUCUAAAAUAUUCCCUUGGUGUCACACGUGUACAAUUUGUAUUGCACCAUUUACAAACAUUUGUAGAGUGAAAAUAAGGAGAAAACAUUUUAGAAAGGCGUAUUCAAUGAAUGGAACCACAGGGUAGUUGGGAUGUUUGUGUAGACCUGCGGAGCAAAUAGAAAGAUGCAGCGUGGAUGAAUUUGUGUUCACACUCAAGAGUUUGUAGUUUUUUGUUGUUUUGUUUGCAGUGCGUUGGAAAUCACUGUAGCAUGACUUGUUGGUAUUUUUUUUACAUGCCUCAGAGUCCUCAACCAUACAGCUGGAUGUUGCCAUGGUAAUUUCACUGCCCAUUUAUUUUGUGAGAUUUAAAUUGAAUAAAUAAAUCCAAUUAAUCCAAUGCCAAAUG